GGAUUGGUCUUGGUUAAAAAUGUACGUGUAGAUCAGCUGUGCUUCGUCGUUGACAACGGGCGAAUCUUUCCUUUUUUUUUCUUCCGAAAUUUGGAGCAGUUAUUAGGUGAAAAUGAAUGCUAAGAUGUGCUAAUUGGGGCUAGGAGUCUUCACAGACGCUUAUGGAUAACGCUGAUUCGUUCAGCUGUUGCAUGUGUCGCUGUUCAGGGCAGAAGGUGCCGGUGGUUGCUGUGUGUGGGGUGGGCCAUGUUACGUUCCUCAGGGAAGGGGCUUCAGGGGAGCAUGCUGUUCGGCAUGCUCUCUGAGGCCCUGAACAAGGAGCAACAGUUGUGGAGGCCUGUUCUUCUCAAACAGCCCCAGGGAGAGGAGAAUGAGAUCCAGCCUAGUCAGAGGGAUGAAGCAGUGAAGUGGCUGCUUGAAUGGAACCAGAAAUUCAGGUAUUGCCCUGAAACAUUCAUGCAAAGCACUGGACUGCUAGACCGGUUCCUCAUGGCUGUUAAGGCAAGACCCAAGUAUUUAAGAUGCAUUGCCUUCAGUUGUUUCUUCCUGGGUGCCAAGCUAAGAGAAGAAGAUGAGGAUGUCCCGGCUACAGAGGAUCUUGUCCAGGGGAGUGGUUGCAGUUUCUCAGUGGGAGAGGUACUUCGAAUGGAGCUCAUUGUCCUGGACAAGCUCAGGUGGGACCUUGCCACUGUGACACCACUAGACUUCCUGCAGAUUUUCCAUGCCAUGCUGUUAACUCAGGCCCCUCAGCUGCUGACUGCCUUGGGUCACAUGACCCCCUCCCGUCACCUAUCCCUACUGACAGGCCGGCUGAGCCAGUGCAUGGUCAACCACCAGCUGGCCACCUUCCGGCCCUCGGCCCUGGCCCUGGGCCUGCUCAGCCUGGAGCUGGAGGUGGUCAGUCGGGACUGGCUGAUGCUGUCCAUGAUGUUCCAGAGGCUCAUUGGUGUGGAUAAUCAGCAGCUGAUAAGGUGUCGUGAACUCAUCACAGCCUCCCUCUUGGGCCAUCCAGGCCACAAUGCGGUCUACAUUAUUGCCCCACCCCAGCAACCACAUAGCAACCACCACCAAGCCACAGCCAGGGGUCCCCAUCCCCAUGAGGACCCCAAGACAGCCAAGCGAAAGAAUCAGACAGAGGACGACGACGACAUAUACGCAAGUAUCAAGCGUCUGUACAAUGAAGACACAGCACCUCCCAAGCCCCCACCCCAGGGGGAUCCACCCCCACCACAGGGGAUGUCAUCCUCUGUCCUUGGGUCCAGCUGCUCCUCUCAGAUGUUGCAGGAUCAAGAGGAAGGGAUGGCCCCCUGUCCCCCUCUGCAGUCCAUUGAGGUCACUUAGUUUGAGUUCAUGUGGACUCGUGGUGUGGAACUAUUUAGUUCAGUCAGUGAGUGUUCUUGGUGUCCAUCAUGUCACCUGUUAUGAUGCUUGGUGUUCAAACAGUUUACCUCAGUUUGUUUGGGUCCUUAGUUGUUUUAAACAGGCUUGAGUUUGAAAUGAACAUUGAAGAAUGAGUUUUAUUUUCUUGUCACUUUUCAAAAGUUUUUUGUUCUUUUGUAAAUUUUAAUGUGUGAAAAGUGUGGCAAAAAUGGAUAGCUUCUGUCAGUCAAGAACACUUCCAGAGCACUCGCUGGCAAACAUACUGUUGGAUAUUUGAUGUUAGUAGUUAGUAAAUAUUUUAUUGUGAAAGAUAAAUGGACAAACAUGAAUUACAAAGAAGUUUAUAAAUUCAUUGAUUUCGUUAAAAGGUAAAUGAAAAGGUAAAUGAAAUACUUUAUGGCACAUCAGGUAAAUUUGGGUUUUGUUUGUGUUGAGAAAACAUAAAAAGACACAUUGAAGCCAUUCAAUAGAAGACUGAUGAGACAUUUGGUGGCGGUAAACAUACUGAUCCCAUACUGAUACCGGUCCACUUUUGUUUGUGUCAUUUUGAGCUUGCUUACAUCCCCUCAAAUGUGACACAAACAAUAUUGGACCAGUCACAUGGGACCGUUUUGUUCACUGUCACCUGAUAUCUCCAACGUCUGUAACUGCAUUGUUUGGGUUUAGGUCUGGUGUCUUAAUUUUGCUGCUGCAAGUUAAUUCUUGCAAGACAAGAAGGAAGGAUGAUAAUGGGUUUUUUUUAAUAUUUGUCAAUCAAGUGCUGCAGCCUGUGUUUCCGUGGGCCAUACUUUUUAAUCUUUUGAGGGCACUGUUGCCUAAUAUUUCAAACAGACGUGAAUUCCCUUUCAUUAGUGUUUUAAUUAAUUUAAUCCCUUGACGUAACCUGCAGAAUCUGCAAAAGUGGUCCUGAAGAUGUGAUCAGCCUCUUUACUAGUUGACAAACAGCUUGUUAGGUGCUCAGAUCAUCCACAUUUAUAUAUUUAUUGCAAACAUUGUUAAAUUGGAAGGGAAGAGGCAGAUUCAUGCGCCUUUUAAAUUUAAGAAAGCUUGCAAUGUAUUAAAGCACUUGGGCACCUCAGUGAUGUUGUCACUUAGGGGUUAAGGGGCUGAUUAGCGAUCAGGCCACAGGUUUUGGCUGUGACAUUGUGCUAGUCAUUUUGAAUAAACUUAGCACAGUGAUUCUGCCCAAACUGAGAUGUUCCUUGAAUGUGUAGUGAUCACAUGCCUAGAGUUGGAUAGAAGCAACCAAAAUUCACUGUUUGAAAGCCCUCAAUUUGGUCCAGGAUGAAUGAAUUAAGAACAUCAGGGAUACUGCAAGAUGGUUCAUACAAGAACCCUCCAGCGAUAGUCGUAGUUAUUGAUACUCAUUACAUGGUAUAGAUUCUGGGAUAUUUUCAACAUGCAGACAUUUUUCGGGAACAUGCACUGUUGUAUUAACAUAAAAGGCCAGUUGUAUAAAAUAGUCAAUUACACAAACCUGAUCAAUGCAGAAAUGAUGUGUCGUAAAAAGCUGUGUGAGGAACAUGCACAGCAUGGUUUAACUUUGGUUGCAAGUGGAUCUGAGUACGCAAAUCUACUGAACAGUAUUUUUCUCCUCAGCAGUGCCAUGAAGAUUUUCCUUCUUCAGACAACAGUGCAUAAUAUGAGAUGACAUCUAGAUGGUUUCAGUCUCGCAUACAGCCAGAGCCAUUUUUGAGAGCUUGAUAAAUGAUGCAGAGACGAAUUAUAAAAUUGCUUUAGCAAGGAAGGAUUGCUAGCCAUUGUAAUUUAGCUUCAAGCUUGCACUGUCUGAAAGAAAAAACUAAUUAACUGUACAUGUAUAUACACUGUAAUAACAAGUGAUCAUAUGCUAACAAACAACCCUACCGUUUUGUUUUGUUUUUUGCAGUGUACCUGAUAAUCCUUACCAAAGGCUUAAAACAUCAUAUAUGCUGGAGUUAGUAAUUUAUUCGGACGAGUGGAGGGUUUUAAUAAGAGAUCCAUUCUUUCAAACAAGUAAUAUUUCAUGUGAAAGUUUCUACUCUUACAUUAAGAGUGACCAGAUUGGAAAAUUAAAGUAGGUUCAGUUUUUGUGUAAAUCUCUAGUGUAAAUGGGAAGAUUAGAUUUUUUCAAUUAAGCAAAUUCCAUCUAGUUCUGGAAUCAACUUCGAAAAAUUACAGCUCCCUAGGUGUAGUGAAAUUGUUAAUCUGAUAUUUAUGCAUGUGUGUAUAUUUAAUGUUAUUUAUUUUGGAAUUUGCGUUGGUGCUGGAGUGAUAAAUUAUUUCAGUUACCCUUGGGGUUGAAGUAUCACUCCCCGAACAACACCUAUGUAAAUGAUUAGGAGAAAAAUCAGUUGUAAACUUGUAAAAUAGACAUUGUGAGAUAUGUAGUAUUUAUAAGGAUCACUUUUGACAAGUGAAAAAAAAAAUUCAAAACUAUUGGAAAAAGUAUGCAACAAAAAUGUCCAUGUAUUCUUACUUGCCAAUUUGUAGGAGCAAUGUGAAAAUAGUCACCUUGUGUAUGAAUGUAUGUUUUAGUUUUUAGAUGUUUUGUACUGAAAAGACCUGGACAAAUGUUUGUUGUCAUGUUGACCUCUGGAAUACAUGUAUAGAUUAAGAACAAAGGUGGAAUACAUGCAUGUAGAUUCUGGGGCUUUUACAGAAUAAUGGUUUACUAUUUGAACUUUUGAGAACGCUGAUUUAAUGGGUAUUUUAAUGGUUCGGUGUUAAUUAUAACAUCUGAACUUGCACCUGUCCUUUUACUCUUGUUUUUAGAGUGUGUCUAAAUGUAACUGAAUAUCUUGAAAUAAUUCCUUUGACUUUGAAGAGACAUCAGAGUAUAUUGAAGAAAUUAUAGGUGACCUCCCUUCCAGUUUUGAUGUGAGACGUUUUCAGGAUGGACAAAUUCCAGUUGCAGAUCUAAGGACAAGUAUAUGCAACAUUGUAUUCAAAACACAGCACAGCACUUAUUUGUUUGGCAAAAGAAAGCUUACGAAGCAGAACUAAUGUUAUGCCUUGUUAGCGGUUUCCAGCCAACUUUCCUCUCAAGUUCUGUGUGCAUUUCUUUAUCAGUUGCCAAUUUAGUUGCUGUUGCGCAGCUUUCAUGGUCAUUGGUCCUGUGUAUUUGUCCUUCAUUGCAAACGGGCUUGUGAUACUGGCGUUUGCUUAGCUGUAAUUGAUAUCCUAAAAGUGUUCCAAAUUGGAUUGAUUUCAGGUCAGGUUUGUUACGGUACCCAGUACCUUCUUUUAUUCACUUUCCUGACAACACCUAAAUAAAAGAAAGAGGAACUUAUCUUAAUCUUUGACCUGGAAUUGUUUUACAUUUUUAAUUUGUGUUUUGCAACAGUUUCAUGGCAACUAGAAAUCUGGCUUUUUAACGACAAACCUCUUUUCAUUAGAAUUUUUGUGACCUAAUGUAACUUGAAUUGGGUGUUUCUGAACAAAAUGAACAGGGAAGUGAGACUAAUAAAGUUAAUUUUUUUGGAGAGAA